AGAUAUGAGGCCUCGCAUAUUCCAAAGAAUACUCCGUCGUCGAAUUCGUCAGCGCUUCCAUCAUCGACAGUAAAAAUAUAUGCUUUCCUUCAAAACACAAAUAUGCUAAAGAGGGAACACAACAGAGAAUAGAAAUGUUGCUUUCUGAUACUAUAAAUAGGGCGCAAGAUCAUAGUGAGAGAGAAAUCUAUAGCAGAAGCUAAUUAAUAUAAGGGCUAGUGGUAAUAAUAAUAAAUCUUUUGUGGUUAUAUUUAUCUGUUGUCUAGAAAUUUCCGACAUAUAUGGAGGUGACGGUGGCGAUGGCGGUGGGUGUGAUGGUCGGAUUGCUGCCGGUGGUGGGGCUGCUGGCGUGGUGGUGGAACGAGGUGUGGUAUGCUUUGCCGGAGAAGUUCAAACUGUCCGGCACCGGAAUCAGGCUUCCGUCCGGCCACAUGGGUUUUCCUUUCUUGGGGGAGAUGCUUACAUUUCUUUGGUACUUCAAGGUCGUCAAACGUCCCGAUGACUUCAUCAACUCCAAAAGACGCAAGUAUGGCGACGGAGGUGGUUUGUUCAGAAGCCACCUGUUCGGCCGGCCGACGAUCAUAGCGUUUGCGCCGGCGGUGAGCAAGUUCGUGUACCAGAAAAACGACGAGUUUAUCCUCGAGUGGCCCAGUGUGGAACUUGUUGGCCCAACUUCCCUCGUGGCAGUAAAUGGGCCAAGCCACACCAGGCUCCGAAGUUUCGUCACCAAUGCCAUCAACCGGCCCGAUGCUCUCCGACGGAUCGCAUCCCUCGUCCAGCCCAAUAUUGUUGCUGCCUUGCAAUCCUGGGCUCAGACUGGCAGAGUCAACGCCUACAAACAAGUCAAGAAGGUGACAUUUGAGAACAUAGGAAUGUUGUUCGCAAGUUUGGAGGCAGGAGCAGAAUUAGCCUCCGUCGACGAACUAUUCCGGGGUAUAGUGAAAGGGGUUCGAGCUCAACCUCUGAACGUGCCUGGAACUGCAUAUCACCACGCCCUUCAGUGCAGAAAGAAGGUGACAGAUGUAUUCAAGAAAGAGCUUGAGAAAAGGAAGACGAUGGAGCUAGAUGGGUUGGGCUCCAAGACAGACGACCUAAUGGACGGAUUGAGGCAAAUCCAGGAUGAGCAAGGAAAUAGAUUGAGUGAGCAAGAAGUGUUGGACAACAUUGUGAGCCUUGUGGUUGCUGGUUACGAGUCUACCUCCCUUUCGAUUAUGUGGUCUACUUAUUACCUUGCCAAGUAUCCUGACGUACUAAGAAAACUAAGGGAGGAGAAUAUGGCCUUGCGCAAGAACAAGGCUGCUGGAGAGUUCAUCACAAGCGAUGAUAUCUCUCAGCUCAAGUACACAAAGAAGGUGGUGGAAGAAACCAUACGGAUGGCCAACAUUGCAGCUAUUGUUUUUAGAUUGGCAACCAAAGACGUGGAGUACAAAGGUUACAGAAUUCCCAAAAAUUGGAAAGUCGCGAUUUGGAGCCGAUAUGCGCAUACAAAUCCCGAAAAUUUUCAGGAUCCCAUGUGCUUCAACCCAGAUCGAUGGGAUGUAGCACCGGCCCCUGGAGCAUACCAAGUGUUUGGCGGUGGGUCGAGAAUCUGCGCUGGAAAUAUGUUGGCCAGGAUACAAGUUGCCGUCUUUCUGCAUCACCUCUCCACUGGAUACAAGUGGGAAUUGCUGAAUCCCGAUGCUCCUAUGAUUUACCUAUCACAUCCGAUUCCGACCGACGGCGUCGAGAUUUCCAUCGCCGCACUUUAAUUUGACCUCCGCCUUUAAAUUCUUCCGUCCUCGCCCGACGAGCAAAGUUAUCUAGCGAGUUUCUUCGAAAUAAUUCUAUGUAGUCGAU